AUGGGUGGCACUCGUGACAAAAAGAUUCAAUACUUCGCUAAGUUGAAGGAGUUGUUGACUGAAUACAAGUCUAUCUUCAUUGUUGGUGUCGACAAUGUCUCCUCUCAGCAGAUGCACGAGAUCAGAAAGGCCUUGAGAGGUGAAGCUCAGGUUUUGAUGGGUAAGAACACUAUGGUCAGAAGAGCCAUUAGAGGUUUCUUGUCUGAAUUGCCAGAGUACGAGAAGUUGUUGCCUUUCGUCAAGGGUAACGUUGGUUUCAUCUUCACCAACGGUGACUUGAAGACCAUCAGAGAGACUGUUACCUCUAACGUCGUUGCCGCUCCAGCCAGAGCCGGUGCCAUUGCUCCAAAGGACGUUUACGUUCCAGCCGGUAACACUGGUAUGGAACCAGGUAAGACCUCUUUCUUCCAGGCCUUGGGUGUCCCAACCAAGAUUGCCAGAGGUACCAUUGAGAUUGUCUCUGACGUCAAGGUCGUUGAGGCCAGCACCAGAGUUGGUCCUUCCGAAGCCGCUUUGUUGAACUUGUUGAACAUCUCUCCAUUCACCUACGGUAUGACUGUCGUCCAGGUUUACGACAACGGUCAGGUGUUCCCAGCUACCAUCUUGGACAUCACUGACGAUGAGUUGGUUGGCCACUUCGUGUCUGCCAUCAACACCAUCGCCUCUAUCUCCUUGGCUGUUGGUUACCCAACCUUGCCAUCUGUCGGUCACUCCGUCAUCAACCACUACAAGAACGUUUUGGCUGUGUCGAUUGCCACUGACUACACCUUCGAGGGCUCCGAGGCCAUCAAGGACAGAUUGGCUAACCCAGAGGCUUACGCCGCUGCUGCUCCAGCUGCCGGUGCCGCUUCCGAGUCUGCUGCUGCCGAGGAGGCUCCAGCUGAGGAGGAAGAGGAGUCUGACGACGACAUGGGCAUGGGUUUGUUCGAUUAA